AUGCUCUACAUCGCAUCCACUCUCACGCCCACCCCAGUCACUCAUUCGGUUGCGGUCACCGGCUUCACAGGCGAGGGCCAAAGCCUGGUCGUGGCGAAGCCUGACCGUGUUGAGGUUUGGGAUGUCACCGCAACCGGGCUUGUCUUUCGGGGCGAACUCACUAUCUGGGGCACGAUCGCUGGACUCGCGGUCACGAAUAUCUCGGUGGAACCCAUUCAGGGAGGAGCUCUCGAUUACCUCGUCUCUCAAGCUCGUGCCACCGACACCAGCUCUGCGAAGGCAAGAGUUCUUCACGGCCGUCAUCACAGACAGCAACGUCGCUCUAGUCUCACUCUGGACAGUAUUCGCGAACACAACCUCCUCGACCUAACCUUUGUUCCCUGCGAGGACUCGGGUAAUCCGGUUUUGACAUUCCUGUGGAUGUCGGAGGAGAACAAGAUCCUCCUCCAGCCACGAGCACUGUCGCUCCAGACGCACAGCUUCACCGACCUCGCCGCCCGAACAGAUGUCGUGAACCCGUUAGAUCUGCCGAUGAGCGAUGUCGAUAAUCCGAAUUUCCUCGAGACUGACUUCUCCUGUCCAGCCGGUCGCAGUGUGCUGUCCCUUGGUAUGGGGCCGAACGGAUGUCGCAGCUUCCUCGUGGUCGGUGACGAAUUUGCAGUCAUGUACUGCAUCAACCCCGUUCCGGCAAGCCCGAAGACGAUCGCUAAGGGGCCAGUGAAGCGCAGCCCUCGCUCAGAGGCCGGAGGCACAGGGAAGCGCCGCAAGUCGAGCCAAUCUGGACGCAGUGUCAACACCGACCCCGAACCGCUGUGGAGUGUGCAGCCGGUGUGGCGCGUCCGGCAAGGCUUUGGCACUGUCCUUGCUGUACUUCUGGGAGAUGAGUAUGGACGACUGACUGCGGUGGGAUGGGAGUUCGAGGACAUGGAGAAGGUGCAGGUUGGAAUGAUCGACAUGGGAGUCGUUUCCGCGCCCUCCAGCCUGACGUAUCUGGACAACGGCUACCUCUUCUCGGCUUCGGCAUGCGGCGACUCGUUGUUGGUCUAUCUGGUGCUUCCAUCGCCAAACUCAACUCGCCAACCAUCAGGUAAGGGCAAAGAGAAGGCACAUGACAUCUCAGAUGCUGGCGCGUAUGAGAUUGUCACUGCAGAGCCCCAACAUGGUCGAGUGGACGUCCGGGAACGGUGGAUGAACAUUGCUCCCGCCAAGGACUUUGCGAUCGUCAAGGAGGACGAUGGACGAGUUUCUCAUGUCGUCGUUGCAUCCGGCUCGGCAAGCUCGAACUCUUUCCGAGUAGUUCGAAGCGGAGUCGGUUUCGAGAAUCUGAUGACGAUCGAGGAGAUUCCGGGAAUCGAGAGAAUGUGGACAAUCCCCGCAGCUGACGGACCUUCCCUCAUGGUCUCGUUCGCGUACUCGACGACUAUUCUGCAGAUCGAACCAGAGGUCUCAGUCUUCAAGGCGGCUGACCAGGUGACGGCGGUCCCGACCUUUGCGGCCGGCUUGGUGGACAAGAGUCUGCUCCUUCAAGUGACACCGGAAGGAAUCCGAUUAUGGUCCGAUCUCGCCGCCGGCAUGCUUGCCGGCAACGUCGACGCACCGGAGGACAACCGCAUCGCCACCGCGAAUGUGAGGGGCAACAUCGCUGUGGCUGCGUUCAGGGAUGGGACUGUAACACUGUUUCGAGCGUCCUCGCAGGGAUUGCAGGAGGUUGUUAAGGGCUUCCUUGCCAUCGCUGAUUGGUGUGGAGAGAUCGAUCUCGUCGCUGUCGAAGGAGCAGACCAAGGUACUGUCCUAAAGUCGAUCCGCGAGGCUGCAUACGCGACCUCACUACAGUUCCAAGAAUCCAACAACGAGCCCACAAGGCUGUUGGCUGGACUGUCAGACGGCACAUUUGUCUCUUAUUCCGUCAAGCUCAACGGUGCUGAGUGCUCUGACAGUCGACAUGCCUCGUCAUUGGGCCUACGACCGCUGCGUCUGAUUGCCCUGGACAUCUCUCCAAACGCAGAGGAGCACGUGGUGGCGGCCGGCAUAAGUGACAGGUUGUCGCUCGUCUUUGAAUCUCGCGAUCACUACGAGUUCUCGUCUAGCGGCAAGAAGGGCAUCGUGUUCGAGCGGUUGACGAGCUUGAAGAAGCUGCAGGUGCAGACGCUUGAUCUGGGCAACCGCUCGGCCACGCGAGUGGCUGCACUUCCUGGUUACAACCUAGUUGUGGCAGAAACCGUCACGAGGUCUAUGGAUCACCAGACCGGCGAUGUCUUGCAGUCGUCCAGCGUGGAACUUCGGAAUGCUACGACACUGGAACUGCUGUCCGAAUUCCAGCUGCCCGAGCGGGAAGCGGUGGCCUCCGUGAAUGCGGUCACUCUGCAUGGUCGCAAGUACAUCUUGGUGGGCACGGCGAUCUUCGAGAACGAAGAUGCUCUCGAAGACGCUACUUUGGAGGACGUUACGUCGUUCAUCGCAACCAACCGCGGACGACUGCUCCUGUUCCAGAUCAACGAGUCCGCGGGGCCGUCUUUGGACCUUGUCACCUCCAUGACGUUCAACGGUCCAGUAUACGACACGGUUGUGAUCCACGGCUUCCUCGCUGUGGCUACCUCAACGAAGGUGUCUAUUCUGCGACUCACUACUCAGCCCCCCAGUCUCGAGGAGGCCGCCAGCUUCGCCUUUGCGUUCGAGACGCAUCACCUUGCAGUUGUUGAGAUCGACAAGGAGAAGCGGCUGGUUGUCGGCGACGCGAUGAGGAGUAUCAUCGUGCUGAGCGUAGAUCCCGAGAGCGGUGACAUCGUGGGCGACCAACGAGACAUGAACGCCCACCUCGUUCGCUGUCUGAGUGCCGUUCAUGACGUUGAGCCUGGCGUGAUGAUUGCUGAUGGCAUCACGCCAGCGGCUAGCAUUGGUCUCAGCGAAGAUGUCACCCGCCUCCAACCCGGUACACUGGCACCAGUGUCAGCCGAGGGCGACAUUCUGAGGGCCGAUCUGCUGUGCACAACCGUGAACGGGCGACUGGGCGUUAUCGGUGAACUCGGCAAGGGCUCUAUCAGAACACUUGACGACCUGCAGCGCAACAUGAACAAACUGUACAAGGGCCCAGGUGGCUUGGAAUGGAAAGAAAGCGGCAACAUGCUCGUCCCUCGAGAGACUGUCGGAUUCAUCGACGGCGACUUCGUACAGCGAUUCUCAUCGCUCGAUUCCUCUCUGCAAGACAAAAUUCUGAGUGGAACCAGUGCUCCGGAAGCGGUGUCUAAGGUAGUGGACGGUGAGCUUGAGAAUGCUUCAAAGGCAGACGUCGAGCGUAUUCUGGAGAUUGUGGGCGCCCUGCACUAG